AUCAGGCAGCGAAGCAGCCGGUGCCGCUGCUGCUGCCCGCGUUCUGCCGGUGCCAUGAGCUACGUGUCCUUCGUGAGGAGGAUCCGAGCGCUGCUCAGCAUCCAGAACCAGCUGGCACGAGAGUGCCUGGCUGAGCUGCUGGCUGUCUUUGUGCUCAUUCUGAUCACGCUGGGCGGUGCAGCACAGAUGAUCACCAGCUCCGGGACCAAAGGGAACAUCGUCACCUCCUCGCUGGCGGGCGCCCUGGCCGUCAUGGUGGCCAUCCACACGGCGGGGGGGGUCUCUGGGGCUCACCUGAACCCGGCUUUCUCCCUCUCCAUGUCCCUGCUGGGGCAGCUCCCGUGGUGGAAGUUCCCCAUCUUUGUGGCCGUGCAGACCUUCGGGUCCUUUGUCGCCGCCGCAGCCGUCUAUGCUCUGUAUUACGAUGCCAUCUGGUCCUACAGCAACGGGACCCUCACCGUCUCCGGGCCGCAGGAGACGGCCUCCAUCUUCGCCACGUACCCCUCCGAGCACCUCUCCCUUCCCAACGGCUUCCUGGACCAGGUUCUGGGCACGGCGGUGCUGAUCGUGGGCAUCCUGGCCAUCACCGACACCCGCAACCGCGCCAUCCCGCGAGGCUUGGAGCCGCUGACCGUGGCGCUGCUGGUGCUCGCCAUCGAGGUGUCCAUGGGCUUCAACUGCGGCAGCCCCAUGAACCCCGCACGGGACUUCGGCCCGCGGCUCUUCACGUUGGCAGCAGGAUGGGGCACCGAGGUGUUCAGCAGGGGCAGCGCGUGGUGGUGGGUGCCGGUGGUGGCCCCGCUGGUGGGGGCCGCGCUGGGCACGGGGCUCUAUCAGCUCUUCGUGGCCUUCCACCACCCCGAGGAAGAGGAAGAGGACGGCGGGCGAGCACGCAGGCAGACCAAGCACUGACUGUGCCGAGCGCCAGGGAUGAGCCCAUUAAAGAGCCGAGCCGCCGCC